AUGGGGCUCAGGAUCGGAUUUCGAAGCAGCCUGUGGCGGAGGCCUAUGGGGAACCAGUUUGCGGCCGACGCCCGUUCGUGGAAGCCGUCCUUCGCCCCGAGCCGUCCGGUGCACGAGAUUAGCUUCGCGGCGGUCACAAAAAAGCGACGCACUAAUAGCGGGAGCGUAGCCGUGAAGGCGUUCGCGCCUCCGCCUCGUUCGGAACAUCGACGCCGAUCGAUCGAACAUGCGUCGAAAGUCGCCAGAUUCGUUACAAACACGCGAGCACGGGAAGUUUUUAGCCGUGCGCCACGCAACGGCCUCGGCUGUUGCACGAACGGGCAGGUGGGUGCCCUCAUCGAUCGCGAGCGGUCGGUGAACGCACCCCAAACUUCGGACGCCGCACCCGGGCGACGCUCCGAUGUUACGCAUCGCAACACCCCUCUUCUGCCGAACACACAG